AUGCGCAUUGCGCACUCAUGACGCUAACUCUAACUCAUAAUAUCUCCGCUCUUUUCAGAGUCCGCAACCAUUUCUCACUUUUCGCUCCCAUUUUCUCUCUUAACAGAAACACUCACACUCUUCUCCCAAACACCGUUGCGUUCAUGGCUUCCGCCGACGUCGACGCCAAGAGCGGCUUCACGCGGCCGGAGAUGUACAAGGAGAACCUUGCUGGCACCGUCGAAGCCUACGACCGCCACGUGUUUGUCUGCUACAAGAACCACCACUCCUGGCCGGCGCGUCUCGAGGCCUCCAAAGACGAUCCGUUCUUGAAGGGCGUUGGAUCGGCUUUUAAAGCUCGCAAGAAGGAGCUCUCCAAGACGAAGAUCACAGUAUGCGAAUCGCGUGAGGAUGCUGGUUUAUCCGACGGUGACGUGUUGCUUUUCCCGGAGAUGAUUAAAUACAGGAGGUUGAAUGAAUCAAAUGCUGAUAGCUUUUUUGAUGAUGUUCUGCUGGGUGGCAAACCAUGGACUGCUGGUGUGCAGGAUGGGUUGACUGGUUCACAUAUUUUUGUAUGUGCUCAUGGAAGUCGUGAUGUGAGAUGUGGUGUUUGUGGACCAGUUCUCAUCGAGAAGCUUAAUGAGGAAAUUGAACUCCGCGGGCUGAAGGAACAGAUAUCUGUUUUGGCUUGUUCUCAUGUUGGUGGCCACAAGUAUGCUGGGAAUGUAAUUGUUUUCAGUCCAGGGCCAGAUGAGAAAAUCACGGGUCACUGGUAUGGCUAUGUUACUCCUAAUGAUGUGCCUGCACUGUUGGACCAACAUAUUGCAAAGGGAAUGGUCAUACAAAAAUUAUGGAGGGGCCAAAUGGGACCAGCUACUCAAGUUGCAAACGGAGGUGAUACUGACACUGUCAAGCAGAAUAAUGUUGAAAGUAACAAUCUGAGCAGCAACGUAAAUGUAGGUGGUUGUUGCCAGGGUGUUAAUGGGGUUUCUUGCUGCCAAACUGCAAAUUUUGAGCAAAACAAAGGAAUUGAAGAAACCACUGGAGCACAUAAAAAGCAGGGGAGUGAAACAUGUUUGAAAUGGCCUGCCCUGCAGCAGCAUAAUAUUAUUACAGCAGCAGGUGUGCUUGGAGCUCUGGCAGCUAUUGCUGUGGCGUACAGAUUUUACCGAAGAGAGGGUUUAUAACCUUAAGAAAUAACCGUGAGAACCAAUUCCUACACAAGUCAGGUACUGUCUUCCUUUUGUUAAAUGGGGAGAUAGUAAAAUGUAGUCAGAGAUCUAGUAAUGAAUAUUAUAUUUGUUACUUUUUCUACAGAGUUAUGAGUUAUAUCUGUUUGAUUAUGUUGUAUUUGGUACUAAAGCUGUCUGUUUCUAUAUUUGUGUGUGUACACUACUACCAAAAAAUGUAGACACUGAAUCGAACCUUUACUCAUUUUGGAUAAAAGAGCACAUAUACUGUA